AUGGAGUGCAUACCUCCCGGUAUGUCGGCAUCUCUGCACUUUGGGGACCCAAAGUUGGCCGGUGAGCAUCUCUCGGUCUCUUCUGGCAACGUACAGCUGCUCCCGGUUCAACAGAAAGAGGGGACCGAGAACCAAUAUCCCCUCCCUACGCUGUCAAGUGGAAGACAAACACCUCAGCAGUUCCCGAUCCCAUCUUUGAAGCUCGGCUCGAAUGUUGAUUCGCAUCACGGGUUCGAUGCGAAGUCCCGACGCCACCCUCUCAAACCACGGCGCUCGAGGCUCAACGAUCCGGAUCGGCCAUAUCUUGUCCACCCCAAGUACAUCGAAUACAGAUCCCGGCCUAGGCAGGACAUCGGCAAAGAUGGAAAACCAAUCUGGCCCGACCACAUUGAGGCGGCCUUCCAGGACGCCCUGGUCCAUAUCAAGCCUAUGGGUAGAAAGAAGUGCUCUCAGCGAGGAAAGCCCUACGGCCGGAAUAUGCUCAUCGCUGAAUGGAUCUACCGUGCAACUGGCCAUAAGAGGGAACGCAAGCAAGUCUCGAGCCAUAUACAAGUGCUCGACCGGUUCCUUGCAGGUAUCCCCGAGUGGGAUCGCCUGAUCAAGCCUGGCGACGACGAUGAUGCCGGGCCCACCGAGGGUCACAAGUUCUACCACAAUUCAAUCGAGCACAUGGUCAAUGAGCAGAAAGCUCGAAGCAAGAUCCGACAACAGAGCGGGACAGCUUGGGGUUAUGACCUCGACGAUGUUGACGACUCACUCGGCUCCGGAGGCCCGAAUACUGACUCGGACCUUUCACACCCGGUCGAGUCGCUAAAUUUCGAAAUGUGGGUGAGCUCGCCAGUCGACCAAGAACGUGCCUUGCACUGUUACAGCAAAUCAAAGUCCGACAAACUGGCGGCCAUGCCGCUCGAAGACCUUGCGGGCUGGCGGCUGUCUUUUCCACACUUGACAACCCUAGUCGACCGAGGAAAGAGGCUCAACGACUGCGACCUUAUCUUGCUCAAUACCAGUUUCAAGCUGAUGCAAGAAUUUCCCCCUCGUCACUCCAAGCUGGGAAUCGGCCUCGAGGUCAAAUUCCCGGAUCCGCUCCUCUGGCCCGAGUCUCACGGAGACGUCGACUUCAAAAUGUGGACUUGCACCACCUAUAUGUACCGGGACGGGAUACUGAUAUCUGACCCCACUCGCGAAGAGUGCCAGGUCUCGGAACAUUGGAAGGUCCGACCCUUCUUCCAGUCGAAAUGGUGGGCGUCGGCAUUCACCUCGCUCACAGAAGUAAGAAAAGUGGCUGAGGAUACCAAAGAUCCAGAAGCAAUCGAGCAUGCCCAAGAACAGUCUCGCAGCUUUUUCCGAGGACUCUCGAUCAUGCAGGAGAUUUCGGCCGUUCGUUGUGUUGGUCGUUGGCAGAUGAAACAAGACAAGCGCACGCGUAUGGCUAUCUUGCUCUGGAAAUUCACUCAGGCAGACGGCGUGGGAACAGCGACGUGGCAGAACCUGAUCGCUCCGCCGGAUCGUGUGACGACGAAUAGUCCUCCACCACCCGGGACGGAGAUGGAUCUGCCGCCUCUUUCCCUCGACUCCAUCGUCUCGCCGGGGAAUGGCUCGUUCGAAAGUAAUAACCAAUUUCUGUCGCAGCACAACAUGCAAUAUGACGUGUAUCCUGAUGCCAUGGACGAAGAGCUCUGUCAAGACGGAUUCAUGGGUCUCAAGCCCGAACAGAUUGGUUUCGGCCAUUUACAGUCGUUCGACAUGUCACUUCAUGAGUUUGCCGGCGUGGACCCAGCACUCCACGAUACGUUCGAUCUUCAGCACGGCGCUGUCCGGACGACGGUUGCCAACCAGCACGGCUUCAGUGGCAACCUUCUCGAGCCACCCGAUGCACAGGCGAGCCUGCAAUCAGACAUGAAUGGUUCUCUAUUUGACCACCAUCAAGCUGUCACCAGCCGCCACACGCAGGAUCUGCCCCUCUCCAGAUUCGAUGUCACAACGCACCAAGUACUCCAGGAGCAGCUCAAUGCCGAAGACAGCCGACACAGCGCGUCUGCGUCCCACUCGCCGUCCAUCAGACCCGAGUCGUCUCCGAGGCUGCCCAGCGACGUACAUGAGCGUCGUUGGAGCCAGCAGCUUGACGAGGACGAGAAAAUACUUCGUAUCCUCGCAGCGCAGCAGCACCAGCAGCAGCAAUUGGCUCAAACACAGACGCGGCAGACGUGGUCAUCGCAAGUCGAUGAGCAUCAAGCCCUGCGCCAUGCCUUGCUCGGUGCAUCAGGCAUAACUACUGUCGGAGCCACGCCGGGGCGUCACCGGGCAUCUCCGGCCCAACAUCAGUUCAGCAGCAUUGGCGAUCGGCAACAAAUGCACGACGAACCGCAUCGGAUCUCACUCAUGUCGUUCCGCCCUCCUCUGCAUUCCUAUCACAGCUUCCCUGGCAUGCGGAGUGACGAGAAUCUGCAUUGCGUAUCGUACGGAAGCGAGCAGCACGGCGAUGGACUGUCUCUAUCGCAACCCCUGGCACAGCUUGACGGGCAUCAUUUUCUCGACCACCAGCUUUCCGCUGUUUCUGCGCCAGAGGACUUCCUGCGUGCAAGCAAUCCACUGGAUGCAGGGUCUCGCGAUUUCAUCAGGGCGCACAGCGAGCCCGAUCCAAGUGUCGCCGCGGCUGGCGAAUGCUUCAGCAGCAGUCUGCAUGAAGUGAUGACCGAUGCAGUGGGCGACUCCGAACUCCAAACACACGCGGAACCAAGCCCGCUUGGUCCAGCGGACACGACCCCCGGAGGGAGUCCCGUUGAAGUAUCAAUGCAGGACGUGCAAGGGAGCGAAUGA